UGGUUGUGUGUCGUUCCGCUGCAACAGAGGUGGUGUCGAGAAACUGGGAACAUUGAACAACAUCAUAACCUCAACCAGCGCCACUAUACAAUGAAACUAACUUUAUUUAUCCCCACCUCCGAAUUCCACUAUUUUACCAUACUCCUGGUAACCGCACUCUGCACCCCAGGGCGCGCGGAGAUUACCAGCCUGGAUUCGGGAAACAUAGAUGACACACUUAACAACGCAGGAGUGGCUUUAGUCAACUUCUACGCAGACUGGUGUCGUUUCAGUCAGAUGCUGCACCCGAUCUUUGAGGAAGCCUCGAAUGUGGUCCGGGAUGAGUAUCCCGAUGCAAGUCAGGUGGUGUUCGCCAGAGUGGACUGUGACCAGCACACUGACAUAGCACAGCGCUACAGGAUCAGCAAGUACCCCACGCUGAAGCUCUUCAGGAACGGUCUCAUGAUGAAGAGGGAAUACAGGGGUCAGAGGUCAGUGACGGCCAUCGCCGAUUUCAUCCGGCAGCAGAAAGUGGACCCCAUCGCAGGAGUGAGCAGUCUGGAGGAGUUGAACAGAGUAGACAGGAGUAAACGUAAUAUCAUAGGCUUCUUUGAGAAGAGGAACUCUCCGAGCUACCACACGUAUGAAAAGGUGGCCAACAUCCUGCGAGAUGACUGUGUCUUUAUGGCAGCCUUUGGUGAAGUGUCUAAACCUGAGAGGUUCAGUGGUGAUAACAUUAUCUAUAAGCCAAUAGGAGAGGGCGUUCCUGACAUGGUGUAUCUGGGUUCAAUCUCGAACUUUGACCUCACCUAUGCCUGGGCCCAGGACAAGUGUGUGCCCCUCGUCCGAGAGAUCACCUUCGAGAAUGGAGAGGAACUGACAGAAGAGGGCAUUCCCUUCCUGAUUCUAUUCCAUCAGAAGGAUGACACAGACAGCCUGGAAAAGUUCCAGCAUGAGGUGGCCCGGCAGCUAAUAAGUGAGAAAGGCUCUAUAAACUUCCUGCAUGCAGACUGUGAGAAGUUCCGGCACCCCCUCUUACACAUCCAGAAGACUCCUGCUGACUGUCCUGUCAUCGCCAUCGACAGCUUCCGCCACAUGUACGUGUUCCCGGACUUCAGUGACCUUUCGGUUUCUGGAAAACUGAAACAGUUUGUAUUGGACCUACACUCAGGAAAGCUGCACAGAGAGUUCCACCACGGGCCCGACCCCACAGACAGCACCCCCGGACAGGAGGAGAACAAAGAGGUGGCCAGUAGUCCUCCGGAGAGUUCGUUCCUGAAGCUUGCUCCCAGCGAGACACGCUACACCAUCCUCAGGGACCGUGACGAGCUGUGACCUCCUCCACCCCGACCACGGCCACGUCCCCGCCCGGCCCAGAACCCCUGCAGCGUGCACGGCCACCGCCUGCAUCAGCUCUAUUUAGACAACUUUUGUUUUUGGUUAAAGAGAGCAAGAAGGAAAAAUAUCUGAAGUGGGGUGUUGGGUGGGGACACUGGAAAAAAGAGGAAGGUUGUUUUUACGUUUGUUUUUGGAACUUGUAAAUAUGUAUGUGCUCUGUGGGUCAGUCUUGUCUAAAUUAAUUUUUUUAAUUUUUUUUUUUUUUUUUUUUUUGACCCUUAGGUUUUGUCUGUCUGCCAUUUCCUUUUUUUGUAGGAAGAAACAUAGACAGAUAAUUAAGUCCUCCAUGUUGGGGUCUAGCACGCCGAAAUUAGUUUGGAUCUCGUGUGGGGCCCUGUGGAAUCAUGGGAAAUUUACCUUCCGAAUGAUUCUGCGGUCAAACUGUGGUCCCUAACUUCAGUCCUCGUGUGUGUGUGUGUGUGUGUGUGUGUGUGUGUGUGUGUGUGUGUGUGUGUGUGUGUGUGUG